CAAGUCUCUUUAUAUUCUUUUAUUCACAUCCUUGUGUUAACACAGAUGUCUGUUUAAUCAAGACACAAUGGCACACAAACUCCCACAUUAGCACUCCGGACAACAGCGCAGGUUUAUCUAUCCCAGAGUGCACUUUGGCUCCGUGAGCGACAAGUCAACACGUUCACGCUCCUAUAUAAACAGGCUGGGACAGUGGAGCCUCUUACUCAGUUUUCUGGAGAGGAAUACACUACGAGUGACACCAUGAAUAAGCUGCUGGUCAUCACCGUGCUGGUUGCACUCCUCGCUCUCAACGCUGAGAGCUUCCGUGUGUCGAGGCAGGCUGAGGACACUCAGGGGGUGGUGCAGGAGGAGGUGGUGCAGGAGAAGGGGACUCUGGCCAAGUUCACAGACACCGUCAAGACCUACUAUUCCGGCGUUGUCAACACUGCCAAUGAAUACCUGGAGAACAUCAAGGGCAUGAAGCUGGAGGAGAAGGCAAAGAACCUUUACACUGAAACCACCAACGUCGUGACCACCUACGCUGGAAUCAUGCAAGACCAGAUUUACCACGGCCUGUACCAGAAGUAAACAGAAACUGAUUUCUCAUGUAGCCUUUCUGACAGCAUGAGGACUUUCCACAAGAAAGGUCAUAACGUCAUCUGACAUUUUAAGCUUUUUACAAAAAUGGACUUCCUGCUCUCUGUGGCGCUUACUCGGGCCACUGUACUGCUGCUAUAUGAUGAUAACCACCAAAAGAGGAAUGUAAUCCUUGGAGAAAACAACAGCUUGCACAGAAGAACAAGAACAGAACCAGUUAGAGCAUCUGGAGUCAAGUUAUCAUGUACCAACAGCAUUUUCCCUGGGUGGAAAACAAACACGUAUAAUUAAACAAUAUAUCGCCACCUAUGGGUUUCUUCUCAGUUAUUUCACCUCUGAAAAAGUGUCAUAUCUUGAAAUAAAAUAUUUAUACAACACAAA